CAGAGUUUAACGGAACCACAGAACUCUACCAUGUAACGCGACAUGACAUCCCAAGAUGCCCCGUGACCUCCGUGCUGAGGGUGGCCCGGUGGGCAGUGCUGCACUGGGCUUGGACGACAUCACCACGCGUCUCGCCUAGAUACUAAUGUUGUUCACCAGCAUUUCCUGCUCUUCUCAGCGGGAUUCAUUUCUCUUCCUCACAAUCAAACAACACUGUGAAACAUGGAGUUCAAGAACUUGGCUCUUCGGCCAGCUGCUGCGGCAGACGCAUACGACAGUGAUAUGGACAGCGAAUGGGUUCAAACACCGCCAGAAGACGCAUUCACAGACGAAGACGAGAUUCAAAUAGACUCGACAGGGGAUCUUCUGUUGCACGUUGGAUCCGACGCGUCUACUGGCAGCACCAAAUCGUUUCGCGUCUGUUCAAACACAUUACGACGAGCAUCGCCAUUCUGGAGGCGCACACUCAUUGAGACAUCGUCAGAAACUCAUCCGGCCGAGGAGUGGUGCGGAUGGACUCCAUCGCUAUAUGCUUGCCAGCAUGACAAGUCAGACGGAUUGAUGAUCCUGCUCAACAUGAUCCAUGCAAGAUUCUCACUCGUACCGAAGGAUCCCAGCCUCACGGAGAUUUACCACACUCUUUGUCUGGCAAGCUUGUAUGAGAUGGAGCAUGUCUUUCAACCAUGGAUUGCGCAGUGGUACGGUAUGAUGAAGACCUCUGAGAGCACCAGAGACGACCGGGAUCUGGCGAUGCUGUCGUGCAUUGCUUGGGCAUUGGGUGAUGAGAGACUGUUUGCGAGGACCAUCAUCAGAAUUAGCCUUACCUGCAUCAUAGAUGAUCAAGGACACAUAGUCACUCCGGACGGAAUACGCCUAGAAGACUAUUUUUAUGACUCUCUCGGCUCGCCGUCCAUACCUGAAACCAUUCGUACCUUACGCAGUCAACUCGCUGCAGAGCUACCUUCACAUCUUAAUGGUGUUAUCGACAGAUUGAUAGACGGAAAAUGGCUUUGCGCUGGAAUUUCCGGGAUUCCCGUGACCCGGAACAAAAAGUGCGACUACGUUGUGCUCGGAAGCGUGCUUGCUGGUCUCGUCUAUGUUCGAGGGACGAGAGCGACGGAAGUAACAAUCAGAGCCGACGAGAGCAUCGUGGACUUACUCAAGUCUCUCAAGAGGGUGUUGUCAUACGUGACUUGUUAUGAGAAGCACCCAGAAUGCAAUCCCGCAGAGCAAAUUUCGGAAGCUAUGAAGAAGACGAUCGACGGAAUGAACAUACCUUUAAGUUCAGAUUGCGUCCAACGAAUGAGAGAGCAGCGCCAAAAGACCGGGUGGCAAGAUUGAAUACCUAAGCUGAUAAUAGCAUUGGAGAUUUUGAUUGGCAUUUGUAGAACCGGCUAUCUUCACUUGGCCGCGGGAAUGAGAGCAGCAUCAAAAGUUGAGCUUUUAUUGUAGAAUUAGCUCCUUAGCAAUACUGUCUUAGUGUACCAAGCAUCUGGAAGGAUUUGAGUGACAUUCACGAAAUUCUAUUGAGCAGUCUGCAACUUUCAGACCAUUCUUGUAUGUGUG